AUGGCCGGCGCGGCGCCGGUAGGACGCGGGUGCCUGCGCGGCCGGCGCAUGCGCGGGCAGGCGCCGUCCCGGGGCGAGACGCGAGCCAUGUGGCGACUCGUGCGGCCGGCGGCGCGGGCGGCCGCCACAGCCGCCCCUCCCGCGCGGCUGACGGCGGCGGCCGCGAGCGGCGGGCCCGGCGCCUGGUACGAAUGGGCAGCCCAGUCGCCGCCCGUGCACUGGGCGCAGGACGGGUUGGUGGCCCUGCAGGCGACCGCGGGUCUGCCGUGGUGGGCCGCCAUCGUCUGCGGCGCCGCCCUGCUCCGCACCGCCGUCACCCUGCGCUCGCCGCUCGCCGCCCACCAGAGCCGCCUCCUGGCCAAGUUGGAAAACUUGCAACCUGAGAUUAAAAACUUAGCAGAACGUCUUCGCUAUGAAGUAUCUGUUCGUGCAAAGCAAGUGGGUUGGUCUGAAAAGGCAGCCAGGUUCCACUUCAAGAAAAACCUACGGAGAAUUAUUACAGAACUGUAUGUCCGAGACAACUGCCAUCCCUUCAAAGCUACUUUACUGGUGUGGGUACAGAUUCCCAUGUGGGUUUCUGUGUCCCUUGCCUUGCGCAACUGCAGUGUUGGUGCUACAGGCUCAGAAGUUCAAGAAGAGUUUUCGGCAGGUGGAGCGUUGUGGUUUACAGACCUGACAGCACCAGAUUCUACGUGGAUUUUGCCAGUUUUGCUUGGGCUUGUGAAUUUGCUGAUAGUGGAGAUCUUUGCUUCGCAAAAAAUGAAUGUUUCCAGGUUCCAGAGGCUUGCUACGAACUUCUUUCGAGUGGUGUCAGUCGUAAUGAUCCCUAUUGCUGCAACAGUCCCCUCUUCCAUGGCGCUGUACUGGCUGUCCUCCAGCUUCCUGGGGCUCUCGCACAACCUGCUGCUGCGGUCUCCCACCUUCCGGCGACUCUGUUGCAUACCCAGGACCAAGUCUGACUCGGCUACACCAUACAGGGAUGUUAUGUCUGCCUUGACUACCAAAUACAGUUUUAAGAAAUGAUGUCAUUUGAACUGUUGGAAGAGCUGUCACACAAAUGUUGCAGGGGUGAUUGGGCAGUGCUACUUUAUUGAGAUGUACUUAUUUACUGUAAAAUGUUGCAGCUGGAACUAUAUUUAUUUUCCAAAUAAAGUAU